CUUCCCAUGCAUUUCUUAGCCUCCUCUUCCAUUUUCUUGACCUGCAACUCCGUCUGCUUCUUACUUAGAGCUUUGGUUUUGGUGAUCUCUUUCUUCCAUUAUCUUACCCUUUAUCAAGAAACCAGCUAGCUGCUUGCCAUUAAGAUAUGGGGCUUGCAGUACUUGAAAACCAAGUUCGUAUUCUUUGUGUGAUGAUCUGCAUGGUACUGCUCUUGCCUGCUCUAUCAUGUGCCUCUCAAGACACUUUUACUUGCUCAAGAGCAACCUACUACGGUAGUCCUGACUGCUAUGGGACUCCAAGUGGAGCUUGUGGGUUUGGAGAAUUCGGAAGGACUGUCAAUGAUGGCAGCGUGACUGGAGUCUCUAGGCUGUAUAAGAAUGGAACUGGUUGUGGUGCAUGCUAUCAGGUUAGGUGCACAACACCACAAUAUUGCAGUGAGGAUGGAGUACUGAACGUGGUGGUGACUGACUACGGUGAAGGUGACAAAACUGACUUCAUACUCAGCGCCCGAGCCUACGCAAGAUUGGCACGCCCCAACGUGGCGGCGGAGUUGUUUGCUCGCGGCGUGAUCGACGUAGAAUAUCGAAGGGUCUCGUGCCACUACUCUGGUUACAACCUUAUGUUCAAGGUCCAUGAGCAUAGCAGAUAUCCUAAUUAUCUAGCGAUAGUGGUUUUAUAUGCAGCCGGGAUGAAUGACAUCACAGCCGUCGAAUUGUAUCAGGAGGAUUGCAAACAAUGGAGGGGCAUGCGUAGGUCCUUCGGGGCAGUGUGGGACAUGGCUAAUCCACCAAUUGGUUCUAUAAAAUUGAGGUUUCAAGUGAAUGGCAACGCAUGGGUGCAAUCCAAAAAUGAUCUGCCUGCUUUGUGGAACGCUGGGGUUGCUUAUGACUCAGCCAUUCAGCUAAAUUAAUUAGAAAGCUCUUUCAAUUUUAAUAAUAUAUAUAGUUUGAUGUUUUAUUAGAUAUUAUAAGUAUGAUCAUUGCAUGGGUUACCAUGUUGAAUGUUAGUUUCUCUCUAGUUACUAGGGUAUUGUAUUGUAUUGUAUUGUAUGCUUUGUCAGCAGAAGUACUGUUCUUGGUCAUGUUGCAAUAUAAACAAUAGGCCAGCUGGUUAAUGUUGUACUACUUUGGGGUUAGUGAGAGAUGAUCAUGAGUAUGAAUAAAUUUCCACUUAUAAGGAGUGAAGUUACAAA